UUUCUGAUCAUAUAGUUUCAUAAUAUUAUGAAGGAUAUUCAUGGUGACACGUCUGUAACGUCGCUCUUUUAAUAUCGAUGUACGUUUUGUUUUGUUCGCGUGUGCUUUUGCGUGGCCGGGUAUCUGAGCUGCACCUAAACGCAUCACCAGAGCUAACGUUAUACCCCAAACAAACUGUCCUGCAGCUAAGAAGGAAAUACUUUGCUCCGUUACUCUUUUUCUAUCACCAAUAAGUGGAGAUGUUGGGUUGUAUCUGGCAGUAUGUCUACACAUCCUUCCUGAGAUACUGGUUGAAGUGGCUCAUCAGGCAGGCUACUGGGACGUGUGAGCUGCAGAGGAUCUGCUCUGGAUACAAUCCGGGAGCAACAAGGACGUCCAAAGCAGAAUAUUCUCUCCAGUCCUCCAAAAACAAAGUUUUGAGAGGAGCUUUGGGAGCUAGCAAGGAUGAUUUAGAGAAAUGUGUGGAUCAGAUUAUGAAAGAGAAGAAUAUCAAACCUGAAAAAGACCCCCAGUUCAGGGGGAGGCUGCACAUCUGCCUGCUGCAGAUAACUGGCUACAGCAGCUUGUUUUCAUCGGUAGAAGACCUGAGAAAGGAAGUUUUCAGCUCUGAGUGCCCACAACACGAGGCCAUGCUGCUGAAGCUCUGGGGCUUGUUGAUGCCAUCAGUGGAGCUGGAGUCCAGGAUAACGAAGCAGUGGGGAGACAUCGGAUUCCAAGGAGAUGAUCCUAAGACGGACUUCAGAGGCAUGGGCCUGCUGGGCCUCACCAACCUGCUUUUCUUCAGUGAGACCUACCCAGAAGAAGCUCGCCAGGUGCUGUCCCAUGCUAACCAUCCUAAACUGGGGUAUUCCUACGCUAUAGUGGGGAUCAACCUGACUGAGAUGGCCUUUAGUCUGCUACGGAGCGGAGCUCUGAAACCACAUUUCUAUAACUCGGUCCAAAGCGCCCCUGAGCUCAGAGACUUCCACCUGUUAUACUGUUACCUGGCGUACGAGUUUGAUAGGUUCUGGGUUGCUGAAGAGCCGGAGAGCAUCAUGCUCUUCAACCAGUACAGAGAGAGGUUCCACAGCAUAGUGAAGACCCGGCUGCAAGACCCCGCCGUGUCUCUGACACUAGCUCCUCAUUAACAGGAUCCAACACUUUCUGCGCCCGCGUACGUCCCGGUUCCAUCUGGGUGAAGCAGAGAGACAGCAGGUGCCUGUCCCUGCUGGGGAAGAAGUCAGGGUCACUUUCCUUAGUGGUUCUCAGCCUGUUUUAUCUCAGUCCAGCACAAUUGUCAGUCCCAAACCUCCAGAGAUGGACCAUUCCAGCGACUGCCGACAGAUGAGAGCUGCUGAAGACUCAGGUAGAGAUGAUGAUCCGUGAGGCUUUAGCCACCUUUACUGAUCAGAUUUUCACACUUCAAAUGUAAAAACCUUUGAUCUUGUGUUUAAACUCCACCCCUUGGCUCCUUUUAUCCUCAGGUUGUUCAGAAAACUCAAUGGUGGUUCAUUAUCUCUCCUUAUUGAUGUUGUGUAGGAGUGAUGCUUCAUGACCCGUUUUCAUGUAGUUUUAUUUCCAAAGACUGAAUUUUUUAUUGUUAUUUAUUUUAUGCUCUAGUUUGUAUUCGUUGAGGAUUGGCCAUGACUAACGAAAUAAAUCUGGAACCUGAAACGAAA